GCCUCGGCGACUGCAGCCAUGCAUCGCUUGGAAGAGCCCGGGCCUCGCCCCACAGCGACCCCGUGCGGGUGCGUGAAGCCGACCUUGGAGACAGGGAAUCUUUUAACUGAGCCAAUAGGCUACUUGGAAUCCUGUUUCUCAGUCAAGAAUGGAACUCCGCGGCAGCCAUCCAUUUGUAGCUAUUCCCGGGCCUGUUUGAGGAUUAGAAAGAGCAUCUUUAAUAAUCCUGAACAUUCCUUGAUGGGUUUAGAACAGUUUUCUCACGUUUGGAUUUUGUUUGUUUUUCACAAAAAUGGCCAUUUGAGCUAUAAGGCAAAAGUGCAGCCCCCUAGGCUGAAUGGUGCAAAGAUUGGAGUGUUUUCUACAAGGAGCCCUCAUCGCCCCAAUGCAAUAGGACUGACUCUGGCCAAACUGGAGAAGGUAGAAGGUGGAGCUAUAUACCUGUCUGGAAUUGACAUGAUACAUGGCACACCAGUACUAGACAUAAAGCCCUACAUAGCUGAUUAUGACUCACCCCAAAAUUUGAUGGAACCUUUAGCUGACUUUAAUAUGCAGAAUAACCAGCAUAAACCCAAAACUGUGUCCCAGUCUGAUGGUAAGACGAAUAGCUAUGACCAGCAACAGCUGUCAGGAUAUGAUGCAGCACAGCUCUACCAAAGCACGAAAGAGAAACUUAAAUGUUGUGAAGACAGAGCUUUAGAAGAAAACGACCUGAAACACAGUGAUGCAACAGAAAUCCAGCAAUGUUUGUCUAGGUGCAGAGAGAGAGCAACGGAUCUUGGUGUGGAACCAAGAAGCCAUCAGAGUCUGAAUGUGGCAGAAGAGAAGAUGGGCCCACAUGGCCUUGAGAAGACCCCUCAAGAAGAAGGUACAGAUAGGAGGCCAAGGAGUGGGGAAGGAGCCCUAGUUGUACAAGGAGACAGUGUGGAGAUGCAGCCCAUGCCUCAUCCCUGUCCGGCCAGGACCAGGAUGACUGACAGCAUUGUUCCUGCCUGGGUGAAAGAGGCACCCACGGCCCCUUUACAAGUCCGAUUUACUCCUCAUGCAGAGAUGGACCUUCAGCAGCUCAGCUCAGGAGGUACAUCAGAUGCUGGCCAAGCGUCUUUUAGGUAUUUUCGGUCAACAGAGGAAGCAAAGUAUGCCAUCGAGGCUGUGCUGUCUGCUGAUCCCCGCUCAGUGUACCGGCGGAAGCUCUGCCAGGACCGCCUUUUCUACUUCACUGUGGACAGAGCACAUAUCACUUGCUGGUUUGGCGAUGGCUUUGCAGAGGUUCUCAAGAUCAAGCUGACCUCUGAGCCUGUGCAUACGACUGACCCUAGGGAUCCUUGAUGUCUCUACGAUCUUUUUUUUUUGUCUUUUUGAGACAGGGUCUCACUAUGUAGUUCAGGCUGGCCUUGAGCUCACUUUGUAGCCC